AUGGCCCAACCUUUCAGUUUUGGCUUUUCGGGCGAUGAUAUAGAGAUCGACGCCGACCGAGACCAGGGUCCUCCCGCCGUCGCUCCCGCUGCUGCAUCGACUGCCACGCAGCCCGAGCCUGCCCAUGUUCCCGCCCAGGUCCACAAUGUUGCCGAACUGCUCCAAACCCUACCGGAUAAGAUAUCAUACGCAACGCAAGAGAUCGAAUCACCCAGCGGCAAAAUUCUCGCCCUCCCCCGGCGCGAGCUCUUCGAUGUCCGUGUGCAGCUCAUGGCCGAAGACGACGGCUCCAACUCGGAGCCCGUGACUGGCCUAGACGAAGCCGACAUCCGCACCAACGUCUACGAAGGCGGCUUCAAGACCUGGGAAUGCUCCAUCGAUCUCGCAAAACUCCUUCUCGACCGCGGUCCGCGCAAAGACAUCGACGACCUCUGCCGCGUCGACCACGUCGUCGAGCUGGGCUGCGGCACCGCCAUCCCCACCCUCGUCCUCUUCCACCACGCCCUCACCCAAUCCCUGCCCCUCUACUUCACCCUCGCCGACUACAACCUCCCCGUCCUCCGCCUCGUCACCCUCCCCAACCUCAUCCUCACCUGGGCCUCCACCCUCCCCGCCGACUCCCCCCUCUUCACCCCCGACACCCCCAACCCCUUCCACCCCGACCACCCCACCACCGACCACGGCGACCUCUACCUCACCCCGGCCCUCGUCGCCGCCUUCCAGUCCGCCCUCGCCGACUGCCCCCUCACCCUCACCCUCGUCUCCGGCUCCUGGGCGCCCCCCGCCGCCUUCCUCGACCUCGUCCCCUCCUCCGAGCACAUGAACACCUUCGUCCUCGCGUCCGAGACCAUCUACAGCCCCGCCGCGCUGUGCGCCUUCGCCGACGCCUGCGUCGCCCUGCUGCGCCGCGUGCGCCUGGGCAAGGCCCUGGUCGCCGCCAAGCGCGUCUAUUUCGGCGUCGGCGGCGGCGUCGACGCCUUCAAGGAGGAGGCCGCCGCGAGGGGCGCCGUCGUGGCCGAGGUCGAGAAUAGUGGCGUCGAUAUGGGGGAGGGGGCGGGCGUGAGGAGGUGUUUGUUGGAGGUGCAGAUGAUGUGA